GCAACAAGCAACAGCAGAACCCUCUUCCCAGGCUAACAAAUUGUGCUUCCUCCCCCCCUCCUACCUCUUACCGACAGGCCGUACAGGUUGCGCGCUGUGCCGCCGGUGUGAUGCAUGGUACCAGGGGGGUUCUCAGUUAUCAGUGAGUUCAUAGUCGUUGCAGUGGCGUGGUUUCGUGGGGAUGCGCGUCGGGGCAUCAUAGGUGCAGAAGGGCUGUACGUGCAGGUGUUGGUGUGGGGAGUAGCGGCCGCUAGUGGCUGGCCAGGUGGACCACCUCUCCCCCACCUCCCGGGUAGGAGGGGAAGAGCAGGAGAAGGAGGAGGUGGUGGUGAGGGUCUCCGCCAUGCAGCCGGACACCACGUACACCAAGAUAUUCGUCGGGGGCCUGCCCUACCACACCACGGACGCGUCCCUGCGCAAAUUCUUCGAGGCGUUCGGAGAAAUCGACGAGGCCGUGGUGAUCACGGACCGGCAGACGGGCAAGUCGAGAGGAUAUGGAUUCGUAACCAUGGCUGACCGUGGCGCUGCAGACCGCGCGUGCAAAGAUCCCAACCCAAUCAUCGAUGGUCGCAAAGCCAACGUGAACCUCGCCUACCUGGGCGCCAAGCCACGCAUGCUGCCCCCAGGUUUUGCCCUGGGAAUUCAACACAUCCUGCCCCUGCCGAGGCCGUACGGUCUCUCCGCCCAGUACCUCUACCCGCCGCAGUUCCUGCCGCCGGGCGUCUUCAUCCAGACGCCCGGCGGCUCCCCCACGGGAGCUCCCCUCAACCCCUUCCUCGGGGUCGACUACUCGGGCGCACUCUACGCCCAGUACGCCCACGCCGCAGCCGCCGCCGGCACAUUCGAGCAGUCGUACCCCUACGCCGCGUCGCCCGCGCCCGGCGGGUUUGCCCUGCCGCCUCCCCACGGCUACCACCCGCAGCAGCCGCCGCCGGGAAGCUUCGCCGGCCCCGGGGGGUGCCAGCAGCCGCCGCCUCCGCCGCCGCCGCCGUUGGCCGCGGCUGCUGCGGCUGCUGCGGCCGCAGCGGCAGCAGCAGCAGCGCACGCGAGCGGAGCGACCGGCGGUGGGCUGCUGCCUCAAGUGUUCGGGCAUUUCCAGUCGCCAGGGGAACGCAUCUGAGCUGCCCCCCCUUCUUCUUCUGUGCUGCGAUCAGCUCCGCAGUACCCCCCGCCUCCUCCUCAUCAUCUUCAUCAUCAUCAACAUCAUCAACAUCAUCUUCAUCCACCCUCCUCGUCAGGGCUUCAUUUCGGAUGGAAUAUUGUCUGGAGCUGCCUGACUUUUAACAACUCCUCGGAAUCGACCACCAACCCCCUCCCACCACACCAGCGGGGGAAGGGAGACAUAUUUUCCGGAGCUCGCCCCGUUCAGCUCCAGCAGACAUUAAGCCCCGCUCCUGCUUAUUCCCACCACCAUCAUCAUCAUCAUGAUCCUCCUUGGAUGAACAAGGGAUGCAUUGGGUGCAGGUGCUGCCCUAGCACGUGACCUUCUAUAAAUUGGUGCAGACUAAAACUCAGGGGUAGGGCGUGACACCAUCAAUGCAAAAGAACAACUUUAAACAAACGUCUUAAAUAAUUUAGAAAGUGAGGCUCAGCCUUCUCUACCCCCCCCCCCCCAAUUCAAUGUUACAGAACCAGCUCGUAUGUGAAUGUGUUUGGAAGUGUUACAUUACAGAAGGUGUUUUGAAAGCCUGAGGCCCGCCUCCCUCCACGUGGCCAUUGCUGAGGCCACCUUGGAGCUAAGGCCCAUGGAAAAAAACCAUCCCGGCGUGCUCUCCACUCUCUGUGGCCCUCGACACGACUACGUCUGAAUCGGACGAACAAAAACACAGGGCAUUGAAGAUCAUCGUCGGCUGUGAACUAUAGAUUGUUCACGCAUUUGCCGUUGUACGCGUGAGUUGUCAGAUUUAAAAAAAAUGUGCACCCAAUACAGCAAUCCAGAGAGAAGAACAGAACCCAAUGAAAACGCGAGUGGAAGGCAACAGAGGGCUGAGGACAACGGACGAAGAGGUGGACUGAUGAUGGGGAGGAGGAGGAGGCAUCGGAGUAGAUACAUCACCAGCAGAUGGGAUAUGAUGAUGAUGACGACGAUGAUGAUCGCCAACAGUUCAAGUUUAUUUGUGUAACCAGGUGAGAAGUGGAACAACCGCGAUGAGUCCCAUUCGCGAGAGUGACCUGGGCCACAAAACAUUACCAAAGCAAAGCAGAUAUAUUAAAUAUAAAUAUAUAUAAAGUGCAGCGACGAAACAAAGAGGAAUGAGGGCAAAAACAACUGUGUCAACAGUGGCGGACGGCUGCUGCUGUCAGAAGUUCGCGGAUCCAGUGGCGUUCGUAAAAAGGGCUGAAUGAGAAUAGAGAGACACGUGCGUUGUAUGUCAUUUACAUGUGUCGUAUGUCACGUGUGUUACAUAUAUAUGUGAAGAAAACGCAUUAUGCUCUGUUGGGGAACAGUAUGGGUUUUAUAUAUCUAGGUGUGGUAGAUCAAAGGUUGAAAACUCACUCGUUAGAACUGCUUUGUUGUCCUACCCCCGCACCUCCGAUUAGCACGGUUGGCUACGUACGGUGUGAAGGAAGUUCAACAUACAUACAAAGGUCUGGAGGCAAGGGUUGGUGGAUAAUAUCGGUAAUUUAGAACUCCUGAAAUUCGCUGAUCUGCGAAGUGGUGGCCAGGAGACUAGCAGUACAGCAAGUGUGUUCAAGAACCUAUCCGUGCAGAAUGUUAUCUCCUCGCAAGAAUGAUGGUGUCUUGCAAUUUAUUCCCGGAUACAAAAAAUAAAUGCUCGUUAAAGGGAAAUUGGCCAAACAUCGCCAACUAUACUCAGCGAUGAUGAUCUCCUUAAAAAAAAAAAGUUUCUUGUAGCAUUCUGGGUAAUACAUUAAAUAAAUCGCCUUCCAUUCUGUAUCCUCACAUAAAUAUAAAGUAUUCCGUAAGUCUGUUGACCUUAGGACGUCCAGAAUUGAGUAAAUAGUCAGUAUUUGUUUAAGCCCACGAACUUUGAACUGGUUUCACCUUUUCAUCGGUGGCUCAUCAGCAGGUUUCAGGCAUGGCACACGGAUGUUGCUGGCUUACCGGGCGUCAUUGGUGCGUGGCCCCUCUCUACACCCUCGGUGGUCACCCAACAAAAAUGUAUUGCAAAACAUUUCACAAGGCAUUACAUUCGGGCUGAUGCAACGAAUGACUAAUUCUUCAUUGGUACGUUAAAUGAAUCACUUUCCAGUCCCAUAACUCCACAAGAUCGGCCUUCCAAACUCGUGUUUAACCAACAGCAUAAUUUGUUGGAACACGCAAACUCUUUGCCCGGAUGCACCCUUCUUCGGCUCAUCAGCAAAGUCACGGCAGCGAGAUGUUAACUACCUCGCCUGGUAUACAGGAGGUCGUGGGUUCGAUCCCGACCCGGACGCCUGCUGUAUAUUUGAAGUUUGCGUGUUCUCCCCGUGAUCGCGUGGAUUUUUCUCCGGGUCCUCCUGUUUUCUCCUGCACAUUUAGAAUCAACAUCACGCGUUUUAGAGUAUGUGGCUGCUAUACAUUUCCACAUGAUAAGUCCACUUCGUUGGCGCUAUCAUUUGUGAUGGGCAGGUGUGCUUCUGAAAAAAGAGCUGUAUAUAUAUGGAGCUCAGUGGGUCUUAGCUGGUAAAAUAAAAAAAAAUAGUUUAUAGUUCAAAGACUGCUGCUGGUGUGCGCACUGCGUUUGCACAGGCUGCGUCUGCCCUUGUACAGUGCUUAAUUUAUCUUUCGCGAAGUCAAGCGGGCACUGUUUGUCAGCGAGGCUGCUAAAGCCUUCCAAUCGUGAAGGAAUCAUCUGUAGAGGAAAUCACUCGAGUGACAUCCGACCCAGUUAUGAAGUCAAAAUAAUAACGGUAGCAGGACUCUAAUGAAGUCAGUUUAACACGUAGGCUUUCGCGACCAAUAUGCAUAAUACAGGUUUUUUUGGGGGGGUUAGAUCGCGUAAAUAUAAAUGUGUCGUAAAACCCGCCACCACCCGACACAGACAAUUAUUAAGGGGUUUAUCACGUAAACAGAACAUGCCAGUUCGUCACUAGUACAGCACACCGGUGUGUUGGAGAGAACAUUCACAACAUUUACAAUCUGAGGACGACGUUUCGCCAGUAAUUACAACCGGCAUGAUCAGGCAGCAGCCAGAUCUGUAAUGUAGUCCUCUUCACGCCGUGUCGGUCUUGGGGUGGUCGUUUGACCAUACUUCACUACGCCGGUCAGUGCCGGUUGAUGAAAUAAAAGUUGGCAGUGGAGCGAAUUCAAUUUGAUGACCGGCUCAGAGAUCACUCACCACUGAUGCUAGUGCGCUAAUCACCGCGCCACCACUCCGUCCCGGAUAAUUAAAGUCCUUACGUAAUUAUGACAUCGAUGAUAAUGGUGCUUAAUAUGUUUGCGUUUUGGCUACUGGUGUGAUAAUGAGACUUAAUCAAACGAGCUGCAAUUAAGCAAUUGGCUUAUAUCGGAUUAGCUGUUUUUUUCUUUUUGGCACCUAGCCGUAAUCUCCCGGCUGUCUGUCACGCCUGAACCCACGCGUGCCGGUGACGCUGGCAAAGGCGUCUGGCUCAUUGAUUGUUCUGAGCAAACUGCGCGCAUUUCCGCAGGGAAACUGUUGAUGCCUGAUGGGCAAAGGAAAGAUAUUGCCAGUCCACUGCUGGACGGAGGUCGCCCCAUGCCGUGGCGGAUACGAGAGGGGUGGUUUGA